AUGGCCUGCAGCCAGUCCUCACCCUUCCCCUCCCCCACCCAGGACCCCUCGCCCACGCCCCCACCCUCCGCCACGGCGUCGCGCCACACACCCAUUGUGCAGGUCGGCUUGGACGACGUCCUGCACCCCUGGUUCAGGGAGCAGCAGAUAUCGCAGGCCCAGCGCGUCCUCGCCUCCGCCUCGUCAGCCGCCUGCGCCCGCGCCGCCCGCACCGGCCUGCCGCCCAGCGCGCGGCCGGCGGCCUGGGCAUGCGCGCUGGGCCUGCCGCCGCAGCCGCCGCAGCCACAGCCUGAGGCCGCCGGGGUUGCGAGGCCUGCGGCGGGGUGCUACCUGGCGAGCAGGCGUGAUGAGGACGUGCUCAGGGUGUUGUGCGAGGGGGUGGAGCGGCAGCAGCUGCUGGUGGACGCGCUGACAUGCGGCGACACGGCCGCAGUGGCGGCCAGCGAGCACUACUUCCUCUUCGCGGACGCGAUCAGGCGCGCCGGCUGCACCCAGGGUUACGGGCUCGAGCCUGCUCCGCAUGACUGCAGACCGGCCAUCCUCCUGGCGUUCAGCCGCGACGCCAGCAUCUGCCGCAACGCCCGGGGGGCGCCGCUGCCGAGGCUUGCUAUGGAGGGCCGUGGCGGCCGCCUGCACGCCUACCCACCCAGCGGCGUGCUGCCCUUCUGCGGCCUCGCCGCGCUGGCGGCCCCCCUCGCGUUCCUGUACAGCAGCCCCGCCGCGGCGUACCGCGUGUUUGCAGCGCUGUACUGCCGCCACUGGAUGUUCUCUGCGUUUGCGGGGUACCUCUCGCCCGGCGAGACGCUGCUUCUGUGGGACCGCGUCAUCGGCUUCGACUCGCUGCUGCCGCUGCCGCUGCUCGCCGUGGCCGUGGUGACGCGCGAUCUGAUACUGGCUGCGGCCAGCCCGGAGGAGCUGACAGAGGCGGUGGAGGACCUAGGGGAGAUCAGGGUGGUGCCGCUGCUGCAGGCGCUGCUGUUUGACGCGUGA